GAUUUGUCAAUAUGAACUAUGGUAAUCCAAAAAAUUCUGCUGCUAUUUUAGAAAAAAGUUUAACUAAACUACGUGGUGAUGUAAUUUGUAAUUUCAUUACUGUAUAUAAAUUUCUUUAGGUUAAUAUAGCAUCUUUUGCAUAUUUAUUUGUGGAGUUAGUCAAAUAUUCAAUGCGUAAUGUAUCCAGUAUGGAUCUUGUUCAGAAAAGAUUAUCAGAUUUUGGUAAAUCAGUUGGUGAACGUAUGUUAGAUGUUGUUUAUCUACGUGAAAAAUCAACAAAACGUGAUAUCAGAUUAUAUAAUGCAUUAAUAUUUUUAAAAUCAAAUUUUUGGAAAAAUUUAUUCAAUAAAGAAGCAGAUGAAUUAGAACGUGAUGGAGUCGAUGAAAAUCUAUUUUAUAUGAUUGAACAUGAACCGGUAGUGAAUCGUUUUACUCGAUUUACUUAUGAUGAAAAAGAUGAAAAACGUAAAACAUCUGCUCCAUUAAAUAUUGCAGCAUUUAAUGCUGGAAUUGUUGAAGCAUUCUUAUCAAAUAUUGGUUUUGUAAGUUAUUUACAUUGUAAACUUUUUGUUUUUAAUUUUCUAGAAUUAAUGGUUAUAGAAUUAUAUUUAAUAUAGAAGGUAACUUGUAUUGUAGUGGACAAGAACACAUAAGUAGGGACUAAUUGUUUAGGUGAUCCAGGAAAAGAAAGGUUUAGGAAACACUAAGAAGCAUUUCAUCCAAUCACCGUUCACUUGAAGUUUAUCCAGAAAUAUCAAGAAAGUGAAAAAUCACAUGUAGAGUUUCUGAUUGGCUGAUUACUAUACUGCUACUAAACAUAAUAGCAUUCCAAAAUCUUUGGGGAACCCAAGGACAUCUAAAAUACUAUAAAAACCCUAUAUUUUCUGUAUCAAAACAAACCUUUGGAUUAAAGUGCUUCUCACAUAUUUUGCGCCUUUUCUCUUGUGUUCAGGUUACUAUGUAUUUCUAGCUUGAGGGUUACGAGAAUAGCUUAGGAAUCGAAUAUAGCGUUCAAUUUACAAGACUUAUCACUAAUCAAAUGUAUCUCAACACAUGAUUACAGAACAUCAUAGUAAAAUCUGAGAACAAUGUAGUGAAUACUUUAUUUGCAAAAUAUCAAUCAGUUGUCUCAAACUUGACUGUUCCUUCAUUUACAUAUGAAUUACUUUCUGUUCCUAUUCUUUCCUCCUUGGUCUUCUGCUGCGAGACAUUCUUUUCCUGACUCGCGUUACAUACUACUUAUGCCGAUAUAAGUAACAUACACCACAUCAAUUAGUACCUCAGUGCCAAGCCCGCAUCGGAGUCCCCAGAACAGUACCCUUCCCCUCCUUCUGGUUGGUAGCAAUACUAUAUGUAGUGAACGAGAACACAAGUGGGGAUAAUUGAAUGUAUUUGAAUAAAAAAUUACAGGUCUUAGUAAAAUCUAAGAACCAUACAAUCAGUACUUCAUUUACAAAAUGUCAAUCAAUCAUCUCAGACUUGAUUGUUCUCGUUCUCUUUUCUUUGAUCUUCCCUACCCUUUUGCCUUCAGACACUUCACUUUCGGUUGAUGAUACAUACUACUUAUAUCUGUCGAUAUUAGUAGCACACAGCACAGUAUUACUGAAACAUUUCAGCUAAUAGAAAAAAUCAUAUAUUAACAUAUGAAAAAGUCAAAUUCAUAGCGUGGACAAGACAGUACUAUGGAGGAUUCUUCAACACUACGGUGUACCAAAGAAGAUAGUCAACAUCAUAUGGAAUUCUUAUGAUGGAUUAAACUGCGAAAUCAUGCAUGGAGGAUAGCUGAUGGACUCGUUCAAAGUAAAGACCGGUGUCAGGCAAUGUUGCUUAUUCCAACCCUCUCUCUUUCUCCUGGUAAUCGACGGGAUCAUGAAGAUGUCAACAUCUGGGGGAGAAGCAUGGGAUACCGUGAACAGCUGGACGAUCUAGACUUCGCAGAUGAUCUGGCUCUUCCAUCGCACACGCAACAACAAACGUAGAAGAUGACCAGUGCAGCAGCAGUUAGUUUCAACAUACACAAAGGGAAAAGCAGGAUUCUCCGAUACAACACAACAUGCGCCAAUCAAAUCAUGCUUCGCGGAGAAGCUUUGGAGGGUGUGAAAACCUUUAUAUACCUGGGCAGCAUCAUCGAUGAACACGGUGGAUCUGAUGCAAAUGUGAAAAUGAGGAUCAGCAAAGCAAAAGCAGCAUAUGUGCAAUUGAAGAACAUCUGGAACUCAAAUUCGGAAUUUUCAGAAUAAAUAUCAGGACGGUUCUACUGUACAGAACGGCAACUUGGUGACCUGCGAAUGCAAAUGUUCAUUAACAGUUGUCUGCACAAAACACUCCGGACCUGUUGACCAGACACUACCAGCAACAACCUACUGUAGGAGAGAACAAACCAGAUUCCAGAAGAGGAAUAAAUCAGAAAGAAGCGCUGGAAGUGGAUAGGACACAAAUUGAGGAAAGCACCCAACUGUGUCACAAAGCAAGUCCUCACUUGAAAUUGUCGAAGCCAAAGGAGAUGAGAAAAACCAAAGAACACACUACGCCGAGAAAUGGAGACAAACAUGAAAAGAAUGAACAAAAAUUGGAUUGAACUAGAAAGGAAGGCCCAGGACAGAGUGGGUUGCAGAAUGCUGGUCGGCGGCCUAUGCUCCAUUGAAGGUCACAAGCGUAAGUAAGUAAAUAAACAAGAAGGACAAGUUCUUUAUUGAAUCUGGGUUCAUUAACUCAACAACAACAAAAAAUGUAUGGUUUCUUAAGGUUGUUUAUUAAUUAACUGAUAGUUAACCGAAUGUCUGGAUAUUUCUCAUUUGGUUCUUUUUUUUUUUCUUAUAGCCUUGUACAGUUACGGCAACCUGG